GGAUUUUGAUUGCCCCCCCCUCCACGCUCCAGGACCCGCCUACAGGCGGACUGGCUGCGGACUGGUCUCCAUUUUUGUAGCGGACCCUCAGUCACCGGACGAGCCGCGACUGCAGUCGGACAGUUUUCUCUGUGCCUGGUGAAGUUGUGAUUCUCCGCGGUCAGUAUGAGUGUCGCGGUGGAAGGCUGCUUUCUGUCCGCUCUGCAGCCUACCUCCUCCUGCACCGCUUAUGUGCUUCCCUCGGACGGCCCGUCUCCGGACCCGAUGGCUAAGGCCAGGAGGGUCCGGGAGCAGGUCCGGAUGCGGCUGGCCGAGAAGAAGUCCUCCUCCUUACCCAGACUGGACGACUCGCUGCUGGACGCAACAGACUACAGUUUUCCUGCAGCAAAGAGCCACACUCACACCCUUGGCUUCAGUUCCAGAUCCAUGAUACACACACCCAGCCGGGUCAUGGCUGUGCCCACAGUACCCCUGCACUCCUCUGGUUUCUCCUCUCGCUCUGCUGUGGAAAGCAGUUCCAGGGUGAACCAUUCAGGAGCCAGCAUGGUCCAGAAGAGCUACCAAGCCACCCAAUCACAGAGCAGAAGCAGACGCUCUAAGUCGCUGUGCCAGGCAGACCAGGAGGGACUUCCUCUGACUGUGUUGGUACCUCCAGAGAACACCUCCUACCCGACCACCGUGCCUCCCCCCGGCACCCUAAGGCGCAGCCUCAGCGGAACACUGGCCCAGGGGAGAGGGUACUGGCAGGAGGAGGAGCUGCCAUACCAGUACACCUACAAAGGCCCCUCUCACCGCACCAUCAGCCGUAUCACCAACCGUCAGCAGCACUACCAGCAGCAGAGCUCCGCUUUUGGCCAGGAUGGCUGGGGGUCUGGCAGGGGGGUUCCCAUGGCAGGGGAUGGCUGGGGGGCACAGUGGCAGCAGCACGUCUCCAGGGCCAGCCAUGCAGGGACAGGGCAGUACCAAGCUGCCCUGCACCGGGCAGCCUCGCUGCGCAGCGUGAGGAGUGUUGGGAAAGGAGUGGAUGUUUUGGAGGGUGCAUCAAUACACAGCAACGACCCACUAGGAGGGUUGCAGGGUCUGGACAUGCCUACAGCUGUCAGAUAUCUGUCCGAGCCAGACACUGCCUUGCAAGUUCUGGGAGCUGCAUAUAUACAACACCAGUGUUACCAUAGCAACGAUGCUAAAAACCAGGUCCGUGUUCUGCAUGGUGUUCCAGCUCUGGUUCAGCUUUUCUCCAGUGACAACCAGGAAGUGCAGCGUUUUGCCACCGGCGCCACACGGAACCUCAUCUACGAGAACGUUGACAACAAGGCGGCGCUCAUAGAUGCCAAUGGUGUGAAGCAUCUCGUCAGCAUCCUGGGCGAACCCGACGAUGAGCUUCGAAAGAACAUCACUGGUGUACUGUGGAAUCUGUCCUCUAGAGACAACCUGAAGGAGAAGCUGUCCAAAGAAGCUUUAUCAGAUCUGACAGAGAAAGUACUGAUUCCUCUGUGCGGUAGCAUCCCACUCAGCCCAUCUGAGAGAGAUAUCUUUUACAACACCACCGGCUGCCUCAGGAACUUGAGCUCAGUGAAUGAGAGGACGAGACAGAAGAUGAGAGAAAUGCGAGGCCUGGUGGACUCUUUGGUAUCCUACAUUCAACAAGAAGACAGGGCAGAUGACAAGGGUUUGGAGAAUUCGUUGUGCGUGCUGAGGAAUCUGUCCUACCAGCUGUACUCAGAGCUUCCUCCUUCAGUUCGACACCGUCUGGAGGGCCCAACCAGAGACUCUGCAUCCAGGAACAGCGAGGCUAUCGGCUGCUUCACCUUGUAUGGCAAAAAACACUCAGAGCAGCGUAACCAGAAUCUGUUCAUACUGUCUGAGGUGUCCCGACAGCCUAAAGGGGCUGAGUGGCUGUGGCACCCUAAGGUGGUGAUACUGUACAAGCACAUUCUGCAAAACAGCAACAGUGGCUCCAUCAGCCGUGAGGCUGCCAUAGGAGCCCUGCAAAACAUCACUGCAGGAGAUGCCAGGUGGUCGUCAGUGCUGAGUGGUGUGGUGUUGGAGCAGGAGAGGAUGCUGCCCAUCCUGCUGGAUCUGUUAGACACCAAUAAUGAAAUGGAGCUGAGGCCUCUGACCGGCCUGCUGAGAAACCUGGCCAGACAUUCCACCAACAAGGACCACAUGGCUAAGAGCAUGGUGAAUGUGUUGGUGUCCAAGCUGCCUAGUGAUGGCCAUCAGAAAACACCAUCCAGCGAGGUGGUGGUUAACAUCUGUGGAGCGCUCAAUCACCUUGUCACCUGCAGUUCCCUGGCAGCACGUGACAUCUCAUACUUCAACGGCCUGCCCAAACUGAUCGGCAUCAAAACAUCCCACGAUCACAGCUCUGGGAGUCUAAAAGCUGCCAGAGCAGCAUCAACUGUCCUCUGCAACAUGUUCCAGUACAACAAGCUGCACAAAGACUUCAAACUGAAAGGAUUUGCUCGUCGAGAUUUCACAGAUGCCACCAUCUAAGCUGCAAGGCAUUACAUGAUUGAUUCCAAGCGUUUGACCUCACGGGUCAAGGUUGCUUUGAGGAAUAGAAGAUGAGCAGAAAGAUAUAAUGAGCAGAUGAUCUAACCAUGAUGGACUUAAAGGAAGAGACAAAAUGGACUGGAGCCAGUGGAACGAUGGGACUAAGUUUGUCCUCUUUCUGGUGGUUUUGUGUUUAACUUGGCUUGGUGUACAGCAGAUAGGCUGUGAUGAUGUCAAUUUACCACUAAUGCUCAAGCACACACAGUGGACUUCACCCUGCAAAAAUUGUUACAUGCUCUGUGUGUAUAUUUAGGGUUUGACUGAUAUUCUUUUUUACACUAAUUUUUUUUUUUUACACUAAUUCCAAUUAUUUUGGACUUUUGCUGAUAGCUGAUAAAAUUAAUGGUGCUCUAAAUUUCAGUUAUAUUUCAAAGUGUUGGGUAUAGAAUGAUCUGAUUUUCCUCAGUUUACUUGCAGUUGACAGCAAGCCUGACAGGGAGGGUGUGAUGUGUGCUGAAGUUGGCAAUAGCUUGUCAUACUUACCAAUCAGGGACAUGAUCCCUCACCGGCUUCCCACUCACAAACACCUCUGUGUUAGUUGCACACAACCAUGUUAAGCCCGCACUGUAUAUCAGAAAACCAAUACAUCAGUCUGACCCUAUUGUUUGUGUGCACGUGUGGCUAUGAAUGUGCUGUAGUAUGUCUAGUUAAACCAUUAUGUUGUUUUUGUACAGAAAGCUUUCAAAUCAAGCCAAGGACAUAGAUGGGGCGAUAAAGACUUAUUUUAACUGGAACCAGCCUGCAGCCAGUUAUGCAAAUAGGCAUAGAGCCAGAAGUUCACAAGACUGUCCAACCUGGACCAUAAGUCAUUUAAAUAAUUGUAGAUUUACUUAACUAUCAUGAUACCAUCUCUGGAUUCAUUUAAUUUUACUUUGUAGCAAGAAGGUGUGAUGCUGUAUUCAUGUUAUGUCAGAUUUACUAUAAAUAUAAGCCGUCAUUCACAUCAGCCUUUUAGUGGUAAAUAAGUGUUCAGUCAGGGGACACACAAGUGAUGCAGUCUAAAGAUUAUAACAGUUUAUUAAAACAGUAUUUCAUUCUAUGAAGGAUAUUUGGUGUUGAUGAAAUCUGCCUGAGCAGCUACAGUAUAGACUGGUUUGUGACAGCAGAACAGCAAAGAGGUAAAGUAGUUUUUUUAUUUGCCUCCACAAGCAUGUUCAUGUCCUGUACACAUAAUCCAGUAAAUUUAUGGGGUAAUGUUAAUAAGGUAGAGACCGGGAGUUUUAAAACAAAUUUUGAAGAAUAAAACACUAAGUGGUCCAUUAAGAUGAAUUCAUUUUUUGUGUUGUCUGACAUUUCCUGUCCAUAUGACUGGCAAACAUGGUGGAAUGAUGUAAACUGAUGUUGACAGUCUAAGGUAAUAUGAGUAAAAAAUGACCAUAUCUGUUCAUUAAUAAAAUCAAAACUACUCACA